CUCUGUAAACCACCGUCGAAGCCAACAUAUAAAUCAGGCCGGUGAAUCUAAUCGCCUUCGGAUUUUUGCUCACUCUCUUUCGUCUUCAUCCUGUGACCUUACUAGGUCAAUGUCACAAGCUCGUGUUUACACCGACGUCAACGUCCACCGUCCCAGAGAGUACUGGGACUACGAGUCUCUCACCGUCCAAUGGGGCGAUCAAGAUGACUACGAAGUCGUUUGGAAAGUUGGAAGGGGAAAAUACAGCGAGGUCUUUGAAGGUGUAAAUGUCACCAACAAUGAAAGAUGCAUCAUCAAGAUCCUUAAACCUGUCAAGGAGGAGGAGACAAAGAGGGAGAUAAAGAUACUUCAGAAUCUUUGUGGAGGUCCAAAUGUGGUGCAACUGCUUGAUAUUGUCAGGGACCGGCACUCCAUAACUCCUAGCUUGAUUUUUGGAGAGCAAAUGAAUAACCAACUUUCUGCCAUCAAUUACAGAAAAUAAAGUGAACCAUCUAAA